UGCUUGUUGGCUGUGACAAAAAUUAAAAAAAAAAUAGUUCACGCCAAUAUAUGAGAUGCUUGUCAUCAACAGGAUCGAGCUCAUAAUAAAUGUUUUAUUCGGUGUGGUACUACUAGCAUCAGGAACCAGCGGAUGGCGACCGUUCAAAUUCAUUAUUUACAAUCACACCGUGGAAACAUACUCACCAAAAUGUCGGGGUAACUCAUCGGUCACCGACUCCGGCAAAUUUAGUCUUCACCUCGAAUUCCUGGGCAACGUUCGAAAUAUGAUAAUGGAAACGGUAAUCUGUUUCGAAUCGAAUAAUGGAAUCUGCGAUAUGGAAUUGAUAAAUCGAAGAAUUGAUCUUUGUAAGUUCUACAAAAACAAGAGAUACGAACCUAUUCUUCAGGUGGCCUUUAAAACGUUUGAGAAUUUUUUAACACAUUGGUUUACCGCCUGUCCCAUCAACAAAGGCAUUUAUUAUCUUCGAAAUGUGGAAAUGAAUGUGGAAUCGUUGCCACCAAUAUUUCCAGAGAAGAAUGGACUGUACGAUGCAAUAAUUUUCGAGAAGCAAGAGCGUCUGUUACGCGUAAAGGCAUUUUUCCAAUUUCUUAAAACUUAUAAAAGAACUUGAAAACAAUGGUCUGAAUCAACGGAAUGGCAAUCAUGAUAAAGUAGU